AUGCUCACUCUUACUAGUGAAAAACCCUGUUCUGGAGAGAAACCUUACCCAUGUGAUAUGAGCAAUGUAUCAUUUGCACAAAAAAGACAGUUAAAUGUUCAUAUGCUCAACCAUACUGAAGAGAAACUACAUGCAUGUGUUGUAUGUAAAGCAUCAUUUACACGAAAAAGUAAAUUAAAAAUUCAUAUGCGUAUCCACACUGGAGAGAAACCGUAUGCAUGUGAUAUGUGCAAUGUAUCAUUUGCACGAAAAAAUCAGUUGAAUGUUCAUAUGCUGAACCACUCUAAAAAGAAAUUACAUACAUGUAUUGUAUGUAAUGCAUCAUUUAAACCGAAAAGUAUGUUAAAAUUUCACAUGCGUAUCCAUACUGGAGAGAAACCGUAUGCUUGUGAUCUGUGCAAUGUAUCAUUGCAAACAAAACAGUUUAAAGCUCAUGUGUUAACCACCUGGAGAACUACUGCAUGUGUUGUUGCAGAGCAUUUUACACGAAACGUGAAUAAAAAUUCAUAUGUAUCCCACUGGCAGAACGAGCUGUGA